AGUCACUGGACGUUGAUCCAUGUUUUGGAAACCACAUGAAAUUGUAGAUGCUGAAAGAAGCUAGGGCCAAGUCGGUGAGGACAGGAAGUCUGGUGGUGGGAACGCCAGGACGAGGCACAGACCCGGCCAGAAACAGCACGGGCACAUUGUUUCGGGAAACUGCCUCCCGUGGAGGGGGCAAUAAUCAGCGGCGUACCCGACCGGACUGCCAAUUGAGGCGGGAGAGACAUUGAGGAACCAGGAACAACAGCAAUCCAAGCAUGGAUCAAAGUAGCGAAGAAUGUACCAGAAAGAUCAGCAGUGUGAAUAUUGACAAACUUGUAAAGGAUUUCUCACAGAUAGAAAAGAAAAUGAUAGAAACCAGUGGAAAGAAUAACAUACUGGAAAUUCAGUUAGAAAAGAGUACCUCUUUAUUAAAAGUACUGCAAACAAAGGAAGCAUCAAUUAAAAAAGAUUGUGCUGCUCUUCAUGAUGUGAUAAAAGGACUACAACAGACUAUUGAAUAUCAACACAAUUUGAAAGGUGAAAAUGAACAACUGAAAAGAAAUGCUGAUAUGAUAAGAGAAAAGCUAAAAUCUCACGAACAGGAAUAUAAGAGUAAUAUUGCCAAACUUGUACAAGAAAUGAAAAUCAAAGAGGAAGAACAUAAGAUAGAAAUAAGCAAACUUUAUCAAGAUAUGCAGAAAAAAGUUGAAUUAAAUGAAGAAAAGCACAAAAAUCUGAUAAAGAAAAAGGAGAUGGAAAUUUCAGAGUUAAACACAAAGUUAAUAACUCAAGAAAAAGAAAAGCAAAAUGAUAUAAUCAAACUACAGCUGGAGUUUGAUGCCAAACUAGCAAGAAUUCAGACUAAAUCAAAAUCAUAUCCAGAUGCUACUAUUUCCCCACAGAGUAUCUACAGAAGGAAGCUUCAACAUCUUCAAGAAGAAAAAAAUAAAGAGAUUGCAGUUCUUCGUAAUACCAUUCAUGAUUUGGAGCAGCGCCUUUCUAUUGACAAAGAUUUUCAUUUUAAACGUAAACGAUUUUGAGUACAACAGUAAAUUCAUUAAUUAAUAUUUACUUUUUAAAAAGCAAUUGAGGGCCAGGAAUUUAGUUCAAUGGUUCUACCACCUGCUUUGUAAGCAGGGCCCAAGUUUGAUCCCUGGU